GCCAAAAAUUCCAAAGAAGAAGAAGAAGAAGAAGAAGCCACGGCCGGCGGCAGAAACUUUGGCUGUGGUCCGUGUUGAUGAUCUUGUGCUGCGGUCGGUGUUGAAGUUUCGUCCUUUGACAGCAUUUAUUCAGAUCCCGUGCACCAUGCUCGAUCCGUUAGAAAAUGACGCGUUUGACAUUCCAGAUUAUGAGCACAUAGAGGAUGAGAGGUUCCCUCCUCUCCCUCCUCCUCCAUCGCCUGGUCAAGGAGACAUCGAGGAGGAUCCUUUUGGCAAUGGAGAGGGUGAGGAGGAAGGAGAAGUGUCAAAACUAGCAGAAGUGCCAGUGGCAAAAAGACGAACAGUGAAGAGGCCUCAGCCUAAACUGGAUGCAAACAGGUACUGAAC